AUGUUGAACAUGUCCACACCCAGUGAGCUGAAGACUCCCUGCGUGACUCGCAACGGGAUGGUGAAACUGCCCCCCAGCCAGCCCAACGGUCUGGGCAGUGCCAGCAUCACCAAGGGUACCCCUGCUGCCAAGAACCGCCUGUGCCAAUCCUCUUCAGUUCCUUCCAUUCUGCCUCCUCCACCAUCCUCCCUUCCCUACCACCACCACCACCACCUAGACAACACGGUCAUGCCGCAUUCGGCGGCCACCAUCCUAGGUUGUGACUUAGAACCUGGAAAGCAGCUCGUUGGCCUGAAGCAGUCCCUACGCCUACCCCCGCUCACUCUACCCAAACCCAUUCUACUGGAACGCCAGCUUGUUUUGGAUGAGAAGCUGCUUAACCGACUGCUCUGGUACUUCACCACAGCGGAAAAAUGCAUGUUGGCACAGGUAUGCAAGACAUGGCGUAAGGUGCUGUAUCAACCCAAGUUCUGGGAGGGUGUGACACCCAUACUGCACGCCAAGGAGCUUUAUAACCUCUUACCCAACGGAGACAAGGAGUUUGUCAGUCUUCAGGCCUUUGCUCUUCGCGGCUUCCAGUCUUUUUGCUUAGUUGGCGUGUCAGACCUGGACAUUUGUGAGUUCAUUGAUAACUACCCCCUCUCCAAGAAAGGUGUACGUUCAGUCAGUCUCAAGAGGUCCACCAUCACGGAUGCUGGAUUAGAGGUCAUGUUGGAACAGAUGCAGGGUCUGAUGCAUCUGGAACUGUCAGGGUGCAACGACUUCACAGAGGCCGGCUUGUGGUCCAGUCUCAACGCUCGCUUAACGUCACUCAGUGUCAGCGACUGUAUCAACGUGGCGGAUGAUGCCAUCGCUGCCAUCUCACAGCUUCUGCCCAACCUUUCGGAGCUGAGCCUGCAGGCCUAUCAUGUGACUGACACGGCCAUGGCCUACUUCACAGCCAAACAGGGCUAUACCACUCACACCCUUCGACUUCACUCGUGCUGGGAGAUCACAAAUCACGGCGUUGUAAAUAUGGUGCACAGCCUUCCCAACUUGACGGCACUCAGCCUGUCUGGCUGCUCUAAAAUCACCGACGACGGUGUGGAGCUGGUGGCGGAGAACUUGCGGAAGCUGCGCAGUUUGGACUUGUCGUGGUGCCCACGAAUCACUGACAUGGCCCUGGAGUACAUCGCUUGUGACCUUCAUAAAUUGGAGGAACUAGUCCUUGACAGGUGUGUACGGAUCACAGACACAGGCUUGGGCUAUUUGUCCACAAUGUCAUCAUUGCGGAGCCUUUAUUUGCGCUGGUGUUGUCAGGUGCAGGAUUUUGGACUGCAGCAUUUGUUUGGAAUGAGGAGCCUUCGUCUGUUGUCUUUGGCAGGUUGCCCCCUGCUGACCACUACAGGUCUGUCAGGUCUCAUUCAGCUGCAAGAUUUGGAGGAACUGGAGCUGACCAACUGCCCAGGAGCUACUGCCGAGCUCUUCAAAUACUAUUCGCAACACCUGCCGCGCUGCAUGGUCAUCGAAUAA